AGACCUGAGCUAUUUUCAAUUGACUUAUACACAUAGAAACUUCCGUACUCAGUUGGUUAUUGUCUGAAAAUAAACACACUGAUUUUACACCCUGGUUCUGUGUUUCUGUGUUAAACAAAGUGAAAGUAUUUGUCACAACAAGCUUUCACCAACACAAAAACACACGUUGCUUCCAAAAACCUGUCUUUCCCACCGAUCGCUCGGAUAAAGACAUCUUGAAGAUCUACCAGGAACAGACAAGACAUGGCUAGCACCACAAACGAGAUGAGUGAGAGCAUGCAGACCAUCAAUGAGCAGCUCAAGACCCUGCGCCACCAAAUCCAACAGCACCAGAGGCAGUUUAACACCUUGGGAGGGGAUUUGGGGGAAAACCUCUACAGAAAGAGGGCAGAGGGGAAAGCUGCAGAGAAAGAGUGUGCCUCCCUUCAAAACGAAGUUAGGGCGCUCACUGACAAGGUCAAAAAUUACAAAACUGUAAGAGCAGCUCACAAAGCGACACAGGAAAAGAAUGAUCAAAUGGCCCAAGAAAUACAUGCUCUUCGCGAAAAGUGUGAGAAACUCCAGAGGAAAUCGGCCAAAAUGGAAAGAAAGACUGCAGAGUGUGAUGAUCUCCAAAAACUCCAAGAAAAACUCCAGAACGAAAUUCAUUUCCUGCAGAAGGAACUCCAAGGAAACAGAGCUUUUGUGUCGGAAGCUGACCUUGAAGACUGUGAUGCAAAGAAACAGCAGAACAACGACAUGCAAGAAUCUCUCCUGCAGCUCAGGGAAAUGCAUCAAAAUUUCCUGUCUGGGCAAAAAUUAAACACCGCUGUAAAAGCUGAAAUGUACAAUGUAACAGAGCUCAAUACAGCUUUGCGAUAUGAGAUUGGCAAGAUAAAAGCAGACCUUCGAAAUGAACAAAGUCUGCGGGAUGUAAACGUUUUGAUCACAAAGGAAAGAGAUGAAAAGGUCAAGGAACACGAGACACUUCAAGAAGAACUCCUGCAGCUCAGGGAAAGGCAAAAGAAUGUCAAAGCUUUAGAAGAAUCGUACCGUGUCGUAAAAGCAGAGAAAAUGGUUGUUAGCCAGAAGUACUAUAAUUUGCUACAGGAGGUUCAAGGCUUAGAGAAAGAACUUAAAAACGAAAAGGCUUUGAAGGAAAAGAAUGAGACGAUGCAAGCAUGUAACGAAGAGGUGAUCCAUCAAAACCAACUCUUCCAAAAUGAAAUUGUGCAGCUCAAGGAAAGGCUGGAGAACUUCAAAGCUUUGGAAGAAUCCUACACGUUUGCAAAAGCAGAGACCGAGGUUAUUAGCCACGAGAACGAUGCUUUGCAACAUGAGAUUCAGGACCUAGAGAAAGAACUUGAGAACGAAAAGGCUUUGAAGGAAAUGAACGAGUCAAUGCAAGCAUCUAACGAAAAGGUGAGCCAUCAAAACCAACUCUUCCAAAAUGAAAUUGUGCAGCUCAAGGAAAGGCUGGAGAAUUUCAAAGCUUUGGAAGAAUCCUACACAGUUGCAAAAGCAGAGAGCGAGGUUAUUAGCCACGAGAACAAUGUUUUGCAACAUGAGAUUCAGGAGCUAGAGAAAGAACUUGGGGACGAAAAGGCUUUGAAGGAAAUGAACGAGGGGAUGCGAGAAUCUAACGAAAAGGUGAGCCAUCAAAACCAACUCUUCCAAAAGAAAAUUGUGCAGCUCAAGAAAAGGUUGGAGAAUUUCAAAGCUUUGGAAGAAUCCUACACAGUUGCAAAAGCAGAGAGCGAGGUUAUUAGCCACGAGAACAAUGCUUUGCAACAUGAGAUUCAGGAGAUGCACAAACAGGUUCAGCAUGGAGAAACGCUGCAGAAAAUGACCAACGAACUUCGAGUGUCAAAUGAAGAAAGGAGGGGUCAAAAUGAGGCUCUGCAGCAGGAACUCCGAGAUCUCAAACAAAAAUCGGACAGUUUAAAGGUGUGGGAAGACAAGUUCCAAGAAACUUCGGCCCACAAGGACGACUUGGAGAAACAGAACAUUGAUUUCAACAAGCAGAUCCAGGAUGCCAAUAAACAGCUCCAGAUCAGACAAAAUUUUAAGGAAAAACUUGCUGAUCUGGAAGUUGAAGAAAAAUCCCUACUGGUAGAAAACAGAGUCCUGAGCGAGACCCAUUCUGAAGCCUUCAAUAGGUUUCAGCAAGAAGAAGAUUGGGAGUCCAAGUAUAACGUGCUGAAGGAACAGACAGACACCUUGAAACUACAGAACAGCGAGGCCACUGACAAGAUCAAUGGUUUUAACAACAAGCUUGUAGCUCUGAGUACUUUUAAGGCACAGUAUAAAGUAAUGAAGGCAGAGAAAAAAGUUCUUACUUCACAGAAUAACACUCUGCAAAAACAACUGCAGGACCUGGAGAAAAAGGUCACAAAAGAACAAAUUUGGGAGGAAAAACAUAAUGCCAUUAAGUCAGAAAAUGACAUCCUGAACCAAGAAAACAUCCUUCUUCUACGUAAAGUUCAGGAACGCAGCGAGUCACUCAAAGGCACAAAAGUUCUGACCAAGCUCUAUAAGACCCUGAUAGAUGAGAAAAACGCCAUGAGCCGGCAGAAUGAGACACUUCUUAAAGAACUCCUGAAGCUUGAGAAAAAAGCAAAGGAUGAGAAGGCUCUAGAGGAGAAGUGCACCUCGAUGAGAGCAGAGAAAGAAAACACAAGAAGGAGUGGGGUCAUUCUCACAGAACGUAUUAGCUCCCUCGGAGAAACAAACACAAGCGCACAAAUUUAACACAUUCAGAUUGACACCAAACAACUUUUUUCAAUCAUUCCUAAAAAUUAAAUUCAUUCAUUCCUUUGAUUUACUUUUAACUUUACCCUUAUUACUUCCCUUACCACCUGAAUGAAAACUUAAUUCCUUUACUCCGGGUUUACUCUGGGUGCUCCAGUUUCUCCCGCAACCAACAUAUAAUUUGGUUAUUUCCUUUAAAAAAACUUUAUUCCUUACAGUGCUUUUAACAGGGCGUUUACUCUGGGUGCUCCAGUUUGCCCACAACCAACAUAAUUUGGUUAUUUCCUUAAAAAAACGAACUUCCUUACUUUUUGCUUUUAACAAGGGGUUUACUCUGGGUGCUCCAGUUUGACCACAACCAACAUAAUUUGGUUAUUUCCUUAAAAAAACGAACUUCCUUACUUUUUGCUUUUAACAAGGGGUUUACUCUGGGUGCUCCAGUUUGACCACAACCAACACUGAAUUAAUUUGGCAAUUCAUUCAUUGAAAAAAAAAAAUUCAACCUGGAACGGGCUGGUUGAACUGGCCAGAAAUUUAGAAGACAUAACAUUAUUGCAACAAGGUGUUCAGAUAUCAGGAUUACGUUUGACAACAAUUUUUUAUGAAUAGAAACAGCUCCUUUAUGAAACACUGCAUUUGGAGCUUAAAGACAUCAAAUCUCCCACUGCAAAGGAUGAUGGGUAAAAUGUUGUUCAGACAACAUGUUCUCAGUCAGUACUGGACAACAAAAACAGCAGAGACCAGUGCCCGAAAUAAACUUCUGACUGUGCAGAAGUCAGAUAGAAAGAGACAGCAAGAAUCAAAAAGCCACACAGCGCUAUUUACGACUAUCUGCAAUUCCCUUAAACCACUGGCCCGAACAUAGAACCAAAACACCGCUGGCAAAAAAAACGAGCCACGCACACUGGCCAGCACACAUCCGCAUUGAUAUGCUUAUAGACACUUUCCGUCAGCUUGCAUCAAUCUCCUUUUUCUAAACAGAAACUCAUACUCAAACCAACUCAAAUCACAAUACACUCGACCUGGACCUCUAACACAAUCACCAGUACAAAUCCUAAACCUCACACGGACAGAAUGAGGCUCUGUCAUGGAAAAUAGGACUCAGGAUCCAAACCAUCUGAGAAAUGCAUGAGACAUGGGGACAGAGAAUGCUUUGCAUCUUAUUUUAGAUUAUUUUAGAUUUGCAGAUUCAGCUGAAAAGUCUUCUGAAAAAUCAUGUCUGAAGUGUCUCUAUACAUGCUCAGUAACACUC